CUCUUAUCCGAGAUUGGAUGUCAGCAACGGCGAUGAGGACUCUGCAGCUUUGUUUAAGUAUUUGCGUCGUCAUUUUGUUUUGUGAUCGGGCCAAAACAUCGACUACGACUUUAAGAAGUGGAAAAUCAAAAUUUGGACCUGUAUUUAUAACGAUCACCGAAAGGCCAAACCAACCUCAUCCUAAGCAAGUUUUGAUAAGAUUUUCUGGGCCUCCAGAUACCGUGGUUUCCGUUGAUUUGAUAGAACAAGAUAAAGCUCAAGUUUCAGGUGGGGAUUUUGUAUCAGUGUAUGCUUUUGAAUUUCAUACUGAUUUGACCAUUGUACUUAAUUCUCGAGCAACUUCCGAGGGGUUGGGGAUCAAUUUUGAACACGUCGUCACCGGGUAUUAUGAAUUAAAUCCCAGUUGUAACAUAGAUAUCACCUCUUCCAAUGUUGGAGAGAUAACAACAUACACCAUCGUAGUAUCAGAAUUUCCAGGGGAAACUGAAGGGCUGCUAGACCAUGAUGUGAGAAAAAACGGAAAACUCAUCUCAUCAACAGACUAUCUGACAACGGAAGAAAACCAGCAGUCCACGCUGGGAAAUGUAACGACCGUAAGCUUCAACAGAUCUAAGCUGACGAACGACAAUGUUGAUCUGACAUUAAGUUUUCUUUAAUGUCUUAUCCACAGGACACCCAAAUAACUUGGUAUAAAUGGGUUUACUUCAUUAAAUAAAAGGGUUUAUGGGGCUACAUCGAAGUAUGUUUUAUCUUAACAAACCAUGAACGUUUGAUGCAUACUUGACUCGAAUAAAAACAAAACCAUACUAAA